UCAUCUCUCAGAGUGAACUUCUCUCCACCUCUUGCUGCCACCUCUUGGGUAAUGCUAGGCCUCAGCCUGCCCACCAUGACUCUCUGGAUCCGAUCGCUGCCUCUCCUGGCCCUGCUGGCCCUCUCGGGCCCCGGCAGCAGCCACGCGGCCGUCAACCAGCACCUCUGCGGCUCCCACCUGGUGGAAGCUCUGUACCUGGUCUGCGGGGAGCGGGGCUUCUUCUACCAGCCCAAAGCCCGGCGGGAUGUUGAGCAGCCUCUAGUGAGCGGUCCCUUGCACGGUGAGCUGGGAGAGCUGCCCUUCCAGCAGGAGGAGUUUGAGACAGUGAAGCGAGGCAUCGUUGAGCAAUGCUGCCACAACACCUGCUCCCUCUACCAGCUGGAAAACUACUGCAAUUAG